AAACGUGUAGUAAAAUCAACAUAACCAAAAUAACGAUAGACAACAUACCUUAACUGUGCGUAAUAUGAAAUUAGGAAAUGAUUAUAAAAACUAAACUUUUGAAAAGUGCUUUACUUAUAAAGUUUAUUAAGAAGUUUGUCCAUCUUAUUUAAAAAGUUUGUCCUCCAAUGUGGAAACAAAAAUGGGGAGAAAAAAAUACAAUUGGAAAGCAAGAAACGUCGCAGAAGUCGAAAUUGACAACUCCGCGACCAAAAAGAUUCCUAUAGACAUUAAACAUCGUGAAGAUAAGUAUGACAGUUGCAACGCGCUGGUUCUCCCGAACGAGAAAAGGAAAACAAGACGGAAAGUUGAGAAAAUCACUGCCACACGACUAUUGUCGAAAAAACGUAGGAAACAAUUGGAGAAAGUUAUAGAGAAGAAAAAGAAGAAAUUACACAGAACCGAACUUUUACAAGAAUUGGAAAAAGUUCAAGUGCCUCAAGAGGAAUUGAAACAAUACGUAUCUUUAACCAGCGUACAAACCAAAGGAUUGAAACGUCAAUUUAGAGAAGAUAAAUUACCCACUAAGGAAUACAAAGUUAAUUUGGAUAAUCAAAAUGAAGAUGAUGCACCGGAAGUGUCCAUAAAUGCUAUUAAAGGCAGCAAGAAGAGGAGGUUGGCAAUAUUGGAAGAACAAAAAGCGAAGGAUGCUGUUUCAGAUCCAAAUGUCAUUGGAUUUGAUAAACUUAGUGAUAGUGAGUCAGAGUUGAAUCCCGAGAAUGAUAAGGAUGAAGAAGAAGAAGGAAAUGCAGAAGAAACUGCAUCUUCAGAGGAAACCAAACAGAUGGAAAAAAACGGAGAUAUUCCAAAUAAAGAAAAUAAUAAUACAGACAGUACAACGGAAAAUAUUGUGAAGAAAGAGGGAAAAGUCGACAACCAAGCUACUGCAAGUAAAGAGUCUUCAGAAACACCGCGUUCGAUGGAGAAAAAACCUGCUACGUUUGUGAUACUGGAAAGGAAACCAGAGAUCCAGGCAGCUAGAUUGAAGCUGCCGGUGGUCGCGGAGGAACAAAUGAUAGUGGAAGCAAUCAACGAAAAUCCCGUCGUGAUAAUCACCGGUGAAACAGGGAGCGGUAAAACGACGCAGGUGCCGCAAUUCCUUUACGAGGCUGGCUACGCCAAAGACAAGUUGAUCGGGAUAACAGAGCCGAGAAGAGUGGCAGCUAUAUCCAUGAGCAAACGCGUUGCCGAAGAAAUGAAUCUCACCGAGAGAGAAGUUUCUUAUUUGAUUCGUUUUGAGGGGAACGUUACGUCAGAGACCAGAGUCAAGUUCAUGACCGACGGUGUGCUAUUGAAAGAAGUACAGAGCGAUUUCUUACUUACGAAAUAUUCGGUGAUCAUCCUGGACGAGGCGCACGAACGUAGCGUGUACACUGAUAUUUUGAUUGGGCUGCUGUCGCGAAUCGUGCCACUCCGGAAUAAAAGGAAGGAUCCCCUGAAGCUCGUAAUUAUGUCGGCCACUCUGCGAGUGGAGGAAUUUGUGGAGAAUAGUAAAUUGUUUAAAACGAAACCGCCGGUGUUGACGGUGGAGUCGAGACAGUUUCCUGUCACGAUACAUUUUAAUAAAAGAACGAGCAUCAAUUACGUUUCCGAUGCAUUAAAGAAGGCCAUAAAGAUACACACUCGUCUCCCUGAUGGCGGGAUACUAAUAUUUUUGACAGGACAACAGGAGGUAAACUUCAUCGUGCGUAAAUUACGCAAAACUUUUUCCACGAGGAAUAAAAAGGAAAGUGCAAAUACGAAGGAAAGCUCACAGAAGACUGACGAUUCUUUGAGGGAAACGGAAGAUGCCGAAAACAAAAAUAACAAUAGUAAUGAGAGUGAUAACAACAAUGAUGAUGAUGACGACGAUGAUUUUCGUUGUAAGGAAGCCAUUCGUUACAACAAACUACGACAAAAGAAGAAAAUUCAAUUGCCAGACAUUAAUUUGGACGAUUACUCUAUAAUUCCUACCGACGACACUUACGAAGACUUAAUUGGAGCGGAAGACGACGAAGAAGUACAAUUAGACGAGGAUGAGGACGAAGAUGAUGACAUGGUUGAUUUAAAAGCCUGCAUGAAUGCACAACCAAUGUGGGUUUUGCCGUUGUAUUCUCUGCUUCCGAGUCACAAGCAAGCAAAGGUAUUUGAGCCACCUCCAGAGGGACACCGUUUGUGCGUAGUAGCCACAAAUGUGGCAGAAACUUCUUUAACCAUACCUAACAUAAAAUAUGUGGUAGAUUGUGGACGUUGCAAAACGAGAAUGUACGAUAAAGUAACUGGAGUGAGUACGUAUAAAAUCUGCUAUACUAGCAAGGCAUCUGCUAAUCAACGAGCAGGGAGAGCUGGUAGAACUGGUCCUGGCCAUUGUUACAGAUUAUAUUCCUCGGCAGUGUUCAAUGAUCAAUUCGAACAAUUUAGCCAAUCAGAGAUUCAAAAAAAGCCCGUGGACGAUCUACUGUUACAAAUGAAAGUCAUGAAUAUCGAUAAAGUUGUCAAUUUUCCAUUCCCAACUCCACCGGACAUUGUACAAUUACAAAUGGCUGAAAAAAGACUAAUGAUACUUGGAGCUUUGCAACAGCUUCGUUCUGACAAAGAAAGUUCUUACAACGCCAAAGUGACGCCACUUGGCCGUAGCAUUGCCGCGUUUCCAGUAGCUCCCCGUUAUGGGAAGAUGUUGGCUCUCUCUCAUCAACACAAUCUUCUUGAGUACACAGUCUGUAUGGUGGCUGCGCUUUCUGUUCAAGAAGUGUUACUGGAAGCAUUCGAGAUGGACGGCAAUUCUCGAAAUAAAUGGCUGCGAAUGAGACGUUUUUGGGCUGGCACCGGGAACAACUUACUUCUUGGUGAUCCGAUGGUCUUAAUUAGAGCUAUAGGAGGUGCAGAAUAUGCCGGAGCUAAAGGGAAAUUGCUUUGUUUCUGCGAAGAACAUGGUUUACGACAUAAGGCAGUUGUGGAGAUUCGGAAGCUUCGGCAACAGCUAACGAACGAAAUUAAUUUGAAUAUCCAGACUCUGAAUCUCAUUAUUAAUCCAGAAAUGAAACCUCCAAUCGACACGGAAGCUAAAUUGCUUAGGCAAAUAGUUCUUGCUGGAAUGGCUGAUCAAGUUGCAAGGAAAGUGAUGCCAGAUGAAGUCAAUGAAGACCAAGAUAAGGCUAAAUGGAAAUAUGCUUACAAAACAACGGAUAUGGAAGAUCCAGUAUUCAUGCAUUCCUCGUGCGUUCUUCGAAAAACCUGUCCCGAGUGGGUAGUUUAUCAGGAAAUAUACGAAACGAAUAAAAUGUAUAUGCGCGGUGUCACUGCUAUAGAACCUGAAUGGCUGCCUAAAUUUGUUCCAUCUCUCUGCCAUCUUGGAGAACCCUUGACUGAUCCACCACCAAGAUAUGAUCCAGAAACUGGAAGAGUAAUGUGUAGUAUGGCAGGAACAUUUGGAAGAGCAGGUUGGAAGUUGCCAGUAAUGGAUGUGGAAUAUCCACUGUCUGUGGAUGGGGUCAAAUGGUUUGCCUGUUUCUUUUUAGAAGGAAAAGUGUGUCCGAAAUUGAAACAGUUUGUUUCUUCAUUGUUAUCAACCCCCCAAAGUAUUAACAAGACAUGGGCUAAGUUAAUACCGCGAACACAAGAAAUGACGCAGUUAUUACUGUCUCAUGGAAUUAUGUCAAAAGAAAAAUUGUUAGAAACCUGGAAGGAAGAUAAAAAUUUUCUUCUAUCUGCUUAUCAAAAAUGGUUACCGGAAUCAGCUCAUGGACACGUUAUGGUCAUUUGGCCACCUGUGUGAUAAAUUUUGUAUGUAGUAUUUUAUAUUAUGGAUCGUGUAUUCAUCCUUGUAUAUUGUACACAGCUGAAUUAUGUAAUAUACAAAUAUUUUUAAUACAAUGAUAUAUAUUUCAACAA